GCCGCUAGCGACGAGUCGGACUGGACGACUGCUGCAGUCUCGAGCCGCGUGGAAGGACUGCACACCUCAUUUAUUUCUCAACGCGAAGGUGGCAAGCCCGAAUCAACGCUGUCUUGAUUUGCCUCCAUCCAUCGUCCUCAAACUGGUUUAUUCAUCUUAUUCAAACCAUGGCCAACAAAGAGGAGAAAGCUGACGAGAAAAAGUCGACUUGGAAAGAUGUUAUCUACAACCCGCGGACGGGGGAAUUCAUCGGGCGCACGGCGAGUAGUUGGGCUCUUAUUUUCCUCUUUUAUUUGGUCUUCUAUGGAUUCCUGGCGGGCAUGUUCACUCUCACCAUGUGGGUGAUGCUACAGACUCUGGACGAUUACACUCCCAAGUACAGGGACCGAGUGGCCAAUCCAGGGCUGGUGAUCAGGCCGAAGGACAUGGAAAUUACGUUCAACCGCUCCAUUCCCCAGCAAUACAACACAUACGGCACGCACCUGGAGUCCUUCCUGAAGCGGUACGAUGACUCGGUGCAGGACGGGAAUGAGCUCUGUCCUGAGGACAUGUACUUUGAGCAGGAUGAUGUUCAGGAGAAGAAGGUGUGCAGGUUUAAGAGAAGUCUGCUGCGACAGUGCUCUGGACUGGCCGAUAGUACGUUUGGUUACUCUGAGGGUCAGCCGUGCAUCCUGGUCAAAAUGAAUCGAGUUAUCGGGCUGAGACCACGAGGACAACCACACAUCAACUGUAUUGCCAAGAGAGAAAUUCCCCUGCAGAUGCAGUAUUUCCCUUCAGAGGGCAAGCUGGACAAGAGUUACUUCCCAUAUUAUGGCAAGAAAGCACAACCAGAAUAUGUCCAGCCGGUUGUAGCCGUGAAGCUGCUGCUGGCUGAGGAAGAUUAUAAUUCUGAGCUCAUCAUCGAGUGCAAGGUGGAAGGCUCGGACCUCCUUAACAACGAUGACCGUGACAAGUUCUUAGGCCGCGUCACCUUCCGGGUGAAAGUGUUCAAGUAGUGUGGAUCAUUCACCGGAAACGCACGAUGUCAGUUCCUCCCGCUCAAACCCCGCCCCUUCUCAUCACACGUUUACCUGUCACAGCCCCGUACCCAUACAUCUCGUCCGUCCUGAAGUUCGAUCGGGGCCCUAAUGCAUCAAGCGCAGUACGAAUGCUAAUCCAAGGUUACGGUUAAACCUCGUCCUGGAUUACCGCGAAGUCUGAUGCAUACAAACGCUCAUUUGUCCUGUGCUUUGGAUGGGGUCAGUGCUGGAAAAGUGUGUCUGAAGGUUAUUCAUGGUUUUCAUUUGUUGAUCACUUUUUAUCAUAAACGCCUAGCUCACCUACUGAAAAUAAAAACCGAAGGAAGAAAACAACAAACACACAUCGAUUCUGAAGUGUCAUCGUGUAGUAAGUAUAGGGACCUGUAAAUAGAUGCAUCAACCCAUCAUGUGGAUGUGGUCUGCUCCCCCUCAUAGUAUAGUAUAACCUGCCGUGCGUGUGUGUGUGUGUGCGCGCGCGCGUGACGUGAAGCCUCUAUGUACAUAUUUAAUGGAUUUAAACACUCUUUCUCUGUCAUUGCUCUCACUGCGUCUGACUGCUGUAAGAAAUCAAGAGUAUGAAAUUAUAUAAUAGCGGUAAUUUAAGAUUAUUGAAAAGUCUAAGGAAGAGGAAAGGGAAAGCACCAAAAACAUCUAUAUCGAACCUUGUGUGAAGCCCGUCCUUCAUCUGAGGGAAGUGAUUUUUUAAACCUCUGCAGAAACUGAUAUUUGUGCAGAUGCCUUAUGCUCUGUAUGAGUUGAAAAAUCGUGAAAUAAAAGUGAUUUUAAACAAA